AAAUGUAGAUGUUGCUGAAGAGAUUUUUCUGGAGGAAAUGGAAGCAAAAAUUAAAGAAGAAAGUUCCCAAGCUGAGUCCACUGUCAAUACGAAGCGUGCAGAGCAUUGGUUUGUAAAAAAACGAAGAUAUAAAAAAACUAAAGCCAAAGCUAUUAAACCUGAAGAAUGUAGCUUGCCAUUGGCUGCGGACAGCGUGACAGAACCAACGGAUCACCUCAACAGUCAGUACAUGCUGGAUUACGAAACGGGAAGACGAUCAGAAAAGCAGGACAAGAUCCCCGAAUGGGGAGACAUUGUAAAACGGCAAAGGAUCACGGCACAGAGCUCAAGUGGUGUGUCGUCAGUAAAUAGUCCUUGCCAGCCUGUGAGUAAUUUUCAGUCUGCAGCACACUUUGACAAAAUGAGGGGGGGAAGGACUGUAGAAAGAGGAAGAUACAAACAUGCGGGUGGAAUCAACUCUAAAGAGCAAAGAAGGAUCAGAAUAGAAAUGAACUCAAAGAAAUACGCCGAAGAAGCGAGAAAGUAUGCUGCUGCUCAAAAUGGGAGGACAGUGAGUGACGCCACCCAAGGUCAAAACUACUUUGGUGCUCCUAGUGCCGGAGUCCAGUUGAGCUCCUGGGGUACCGCGGCGACCAGAAGUUAUGCUGCUGGAUUUCCACCCUACACGUUUACUUCCAUCGCUUCAUCUGGUGUGCUGCAGAAUUAUAGAGGAGGCCAGGAGUCCGGAUAUCAAGUGACAAGUCAUCCCUUAGCAGUGACGUCAACACCUGAAGACAGCAAGUUUAGGACUGCAGAGCCUGAAAGAAGCAGCUCCUCAAAAGCAAAACCCGACAAACUUCCUCCACUGGAUUAUUUGACUCUUUUCAAGAAUAUGGUAGACAAGGCAUCUAAAAAACAAGAUGAGAAAGCCUCUGCCAUCGUUCACAAAGAAGAAGAGACCCAGGAAACUGCCUCUCCUUCAAGUUCCUCAGCUGACUACUUCAUGCCUGAGCCCCUGACUCCGCAGACUUACAGUUCAAGAGGUUAUGUCCGAGUCAGACUGGGACCCGACCAGUCAAACACAGAUCGGUGUGACAACACGUACAUUCCUUCGGCCUCUUCUGAGACGUUUGCCUCACUUCCCAGCUCUCAUCACAGCAGAGAUGGCGCUUAUUCAAGUGACUUCGAGUAUCCACCAGCCAAAGCUCCCUUCUUCGAUGACAGGAAAGAAUUUCAGGACAACAAACCUCAGCCACAUGACGAGCCGAAAGCCAAGGUGGUGAGCGGGAGCCGUCGCUGA